AUGUUUGCCGUCGGCUGCAGCAUGGGCCCGCUGAUGCACUACUGGUACCUCUGGCUGGACGCUGCCUUCCCAGCGCGGGGCGUGCGGGGGCUGAAAACCGUCCUGAAGAAAGUCCUCAUCGACCAGCUGGUGGCAUCGCCCGCCCUGGGCGCCUGGUACUUCCUUGGCAUGGGCACACUGGAGGGCCAGUCUCUAGAGCACAGCUGGGAGGAGCUGAAGGAGAAAUUUUGGGAGUUUUACAAG